GAUGUAUUUCGUAGAGCUCCUUCUUCGAAGCAUAUAACACGUGAUAUUGCAUAUACACUUCUCUCUUCACUCUAUUAUUCACUCUCCUCUCUAGUCUCUCACUCUUCAACUAAAGACCACCCUCAACCGGCGAGAAAAUACUCUCCAGCCUGUUGCUCACUAACCAUAUGUCCUCUUGUCCCAUCUGCAGGACAACUCCAUCAAGAUGCCCCAUCUUGAUACGUGGAAUAUUGGCUAUGGAUCUAGGCACUACGCCGACAUAGCACCGUUCAGCCUCUGGGAUGGCGACUCAAGCACUUUCCGCCCUCCUGCUGCCCACGAGAGCCAGUGGAUCUUCGACACUUUCAGUGCCGUGUCGGUCAAUUUCUUCUGGCCGCGAAUAAUUAUCGAGACAGCCACCCCACCGUCGCCUACACCGCUGACUAUCGCGUGUGUUGCUGCCAUUUUUAUCCCUGUUGGCUCUAAAUACACCCCUCCCAUCACAAAUACAAAUUAUAGCAAUCAUCGGAUGGCUGAUCCCAUACCAGCACACUUCCAUUGGCCGAAAUGGCAACGGCCAACUAAGGAGCAGUCCCGAGUGGUGUGGGAAAGGCUUGGCCAGAUAAUGAACAUCGAAGCCGUAAACUUUAUUCCCCCGAUAAUCAUUAUCGAACUUCGACACGAUGAAAGGGAGUACAGUAAACGAUCUCUGCCAGGUAAAGUUGCUGGUCGAAUCGCAGUGUACCAUCGCGGUCCUCCGUCAUUCUGGGAAACAAUCCCACACACAAGAGAGCGGUUGAUCAAGUCUUCAGAUGCCCUUCAAGACACGUACUUCCAGGCGCACGAACCAAAACGACUGCUCCGGUCUACAGAGAUAUUGGACAACAUAUGGUGUACCGUAGACGGGUUGGCUAGUGGAUUGGUAUAUCUGAGAACAGACGGUGUUAGGUUGCGGAGAGCGCCGCGUCUACCGGUUCCAGAAUCUCGGACUGAAUAUAUAUUCGAGUAUAUUGAGGGAGGAGCACAUGUUGCGGAAGGAGUCCGCGGAGUACCAAUUGUUAUUGAUCAUGAUAAUGAUAAUCAACUGGGCGCCGUUGUAGGGUUUUUUCAACAGGAAGGACAUGGCUCGCGAUGGAUUUUAUCUUCAUGUUUAGACGACGUGAUUGAGGGGGAUUGGGAUUUAUUGUGAAGAGUUGUAUGUGAGGAGUCUGCUUGCUAAAACAUUACAUAGAAUGUGUGGGAAGAGCGAUGAAAACAGUCCGAACACUGGCCGAUUGCGUGUCUCUCAGUUCCACAGACCGAAGGUUAGGCUUAGAUCGAAGCUAC